GUGACUCAGAGACGCUCAUGUUUCUAUUCAGAGUAAAAGGAGCCAAGACCAGAGAUCCGCAUGAGAGAAAGUCAAAAACCAAAGGAAAGUGUUCAGAACGCUUCAAAGUGAUACAUUGGUCUGUGUUGAUCGCAGGUGUGUGGAGUUUGGGUCAGGAUGCGGCCGGCUCUGUUCCUCUGUCCCGUCCUGAUCUCUCUGUUAGUCCUUCUGUCUGGACUGACCCUCAUCAGCGGCUGUAACAAAGCUCUGUGUGCCAGCGACGUCAGCAAAUGUCUUCUACAGGGACUGUGUCAGUGCCGGCCGUCGGAGGGAAACUGUUCGUGUUGUAAGGAGUGUAUGCUGUGUUUGAGCUCUUUGUGGGAGGAGUGCUGCGACUGUGUCGGAAUGUGUAACCCCAGGAAUUACAACGACAGUCCUGCCACCUCCAAGAGCACAGUAGAGGAGCUGUACCGCCCAAUCCCGUCGCUCUUCCGCGCUCUGACGGAAGGCGACGCCCCCAUUAACAUGAUGGUCGUGUCGUUCCCUGUCGCCGAGGAACUUUCCCACCACGAGAACCUGGUGUCUUUCCUGGAGACGCUCGACAGCCAGAGCCACAACAUCUCACUGCCCAGCAGCAGCAGCAGCGUCCAUGAUGAUGCCUUGUGUACGGUGGUCUACUUUGAUGACUGCGUGUCUAUCCGUCAGUGUAAGCAGUACUGCGAGUCGAUGGGUGGAUCAAAGUACCGCUGGUUUCAUAACGCCUGCUGUGAGUGCAUCGGCCCUGAAUGUCUGGACUAUGGCAGCAAAGCCGUCAAAUGCACAAACUGCCUCAUCUGAGAGCCCUACACUGACUUCACACACUUCAUCUGCUGUUUUAUUGUAUAAAACACGUCUGACUAUUUCUGCUCUUGUUUACAGAUCUUGUUUCUUAUUCUUGUCUUUUGGAAAAUAAGGUCAAGGGUGUUUUUUUGUAAAUUAUCGAUAUUGUUUGUGAAUUAUUACAGCAGCAUGUAGAGGACAUUUCUCUUUCAAAUCAUGGUUUCAAUAUUAAAAAGUAAAGUAAG